UUCACUGAAAAACCCCAGCAAUCUGAUCAGUAAACCCUGCCAUUUGCCGGAACCCAGAAACAGAGGGAAAAUAAUGCUUUCGUCUAGAAUCUUGAACAACAUUUCCAAGAGAAUGCCUAGCUCCUCCUCCUUCUCCUUGGGGUACGCUUACCCCGAGCAUCACUUAGUUUUAACGCAGCACCGUUCGAUCUUCACCACGUCGCCUGUCCAUGCCUCAUGGAUGGACUCGAUCAAAGGAGUCUUCACCGGCAAGAAGACCUCCACGGAUGACCCCAAAACCAGUGCUGAAUCCUUCACUCUCCUCCGUGAGUCCUCUGCUCACCGCUCUGUCACUUUAGGAUUUGCUGAUGAGUUGAAGAAUGCUAGAAAAUUAGGGACAUUUAAGCAGUACAUAGUUGGUAGAAGCAGCGAAGCCACGUUUGCUGAUGCUUUCGAGAAACAAGAAGCCAUCAUUAGGUAUCUUGGAGGUUGUGAUCCGACCGGAGAGAAUCUUCAAACGAGUCAAAAGAAAGAAGCUGCAAAGCAGUGUGAUUGUACAAUAGUGGAUGUUGAGAAUGCGCUUGCAAAAUUUACUUGGGCUAAAGAAGCGCAUAAGAAGAUGGCUAAGUUGAAAGCGGAAGGGAAACCGAUGCCAAAGAGCAUUGCUGAGGUGCAAAAGCUAAUGGGUUCAACACCAUUGGAUCUUGCCAGGUCUAACAUGGCAAAGAGUGGGCAAAUAAGCAGGAAUGCACUUUGUCCAUGUGGUUCAAAGAAGAGAUAUAAAAGGUGUUGUGGCAAGGAUCAAUAGAUUCAAAGAGAAAAUGGAUGAAAAUCCUACGCCAGCCUUGAAUCCCCAAACUGCUAGAAUCCUCAUGCAGUUGCAAAUGACAUUAUUUCACGGCUCUCUUGGUUCAUUGUUCUCAAUUGGACAACAUUGCCUGAUCGAAAGGUUUUGCUUAGCGAUAAGAGUGUUGCUUAUGUUUAUGUUUUUUUUUGUCAAAGAAACUCAAUUAUGACACAGUUCAUACUUAUAUAAUUGCACAAAUUGAAUUUAAUAAA